AUGUAUAGGAAAAAAGAUCCUGAUGCUAUAGUUGAUGUUGAUAUAACUUCUAAACCAACAAAUGAAUAUGUAGAAAAAAUCUCAUAUGAAGAUUAUGAAUUACAAACUCAUCAAAUUGAGUUUUGUAUUAAACUUAAUAAAUUGAAAUUUUGUAGAUUAUUAAAAGAUGAAGGCAAUGCUCAUACUUUUAAUCAAAGAAAUUAUGUUUUUAUAAUUAUAGUCAAUUAUUUUGACUGGAUGUAUAGGUUCAAAAAAACUGCUAAAAAAGCUGAUGCUGAUAAAUUUGGAAAAACUUUUAAUACUGAAGAAGAAAAUUAUACUCUUUUUAAUAUAAUAAAAAAAUGUUGUAAAGACAAAGAAGAAGAUAAUAAUAAUAUUGAG